GAAACGACCACUGGACGUCUUUGGCGUGUAAUAGACUCCUAGAAAAAUUGCAUACUUUGUAUCAUGGCUUCCUCAGUGUUCUACAAGUUCAAGUCGCAGAGGGACGAGUCUCGCGUGAACUUUGACGGAACGGGUAUCUCUGUAUUCGACCUCAAAAAAGAGAUCAUCCUGGCCAAUAAUUUGGGUAAGGCGAAUGACUUUGACCUUGUCAUCUUGGACCCCUCGUCGAAUGAAGAGUACAAGGAUGACACACACGUCAUCCCCCGUUCCUCGUCAGUCGUCGUGAAGCGUGUCUUUGCGAAGCCCGGGAAGGGCAAAGCGGCGAUGUACAUCGCCGGUGCAACAGGUUCUUCCACAGCGACCUCCGAAUCGUCUAAAGGUGCCCAAGGCGCUGGCGGCUCGCACUCUUGGCAUAGAGGGAACAUUUCGAAGCGGUUCGAUGGCAAGGAAGAACCGCCGAGCAGUGCCUCUAAGACAACUGCGCCUGCACCGCCCAUCAAACCCAGCACGAUUACCAAGGACGACGAGGCCGCAGCCAUGGCCGCCAUGUUCCAAGCCCAGACAGCGAAUUGGGAGGAAACUCAGGAAAAGAUGUCUCAAGCCCAGCGCAUAUAUUCGAACCCACGAGGCGGAGGACCUGGCCGCGGCGGAAAGCCGUUCCAACACCAUCACAUCGAUCGCCCCCUCCCACCGAGUUACGUCUGCUACCGGUGUGGACAGAAAGGUCACUGGAUUCAAGACUGUCCGACGAACAAUGACCGCGAUUAUGACAACCGGCCGCGCAUUAAGCGGACGACAGGUAUCCCUAGGAGUUUCUUGAAAGCUGUCGAGAACCCGGUGACUGGUCACAUCGGACAUGGCGUCAUGGUCACUCCCGAAGGUGGUUAUGUCGUCGCGCAGCCAGACGUCGCCUCAUGGCAAAAGCAAGUCCAAAAGCCCAAGGGUCUUACGGAGGCAGAAGUCCGGGAACGCACCCCAUCGAACCCGUCAUUAAUUUGCCCUAUUGACAACAAGCUAUUCAAGGAUGCGGUGAAGACCCCGUGCUGCGGAACUAUCUACUGUGAAGAAUGCAUCCAGACCCACCUGCUGGAGCGCGACUUUAUAUGCCCCAACUGCGGGACAAAGAUCGCAUCACUGGAUAAGCUCAUCACCGACAAGCCGACGCGCGCGAGGGUCUUUGAUUAUGUUGACAAGGAGAUUGAGAAGAGCAGGAACGAGAGCCAGAUCGAGAUGACAACACGCAGCUCAACGCCCGCUGCUGGCGGCGACAGGCCUGCGGAAGGCUCUGGCGAGCAACAGCACCAGGAUCAAGAAUAUUAUGGCGAGCAGCAGCCUGGCGGUGACUUUGAUGUCUCACAGAUGGUUGCCGCCAGCAUCCCGCAGCUGCAGGCGCAGAUCCAACAACUGAACAUGAUGCUCAACAACCCGACGCUCCCGCCCCAGGUCCGGCAACAAACCGAGAUGAAGUACCAGCAGCUGCAAAUGGAGCUGCAGCAAGCGCAGAUCGCGAGCGCGCUCAUCCAGGCGAGCUCCGCCGUCGCGGCUGCGAACGCGAUGCCCAUGCAACAGAUGCCCCAGCAGUACAUGCAGCAACAGCAGCAACAAUGGUCUACGAACCCGUUCUCAAACCAGCAGCCUGCCGGGCAGGAUUCGGCAUACCAGCGUCUCCCGCUGAACAACAGGCGGAGGAACCUCAAGCGCGAGAGGCCUUCGGAUUUCUUGGAGGUCGCUGGUGAGAGCGAGGCGAAGGUACCGCGGUAUUGGGAGUAGAUGGCUGCCGUUGAACGCGUUUAGCGGGAUUCGUUGUGCUUGGUUUUUCUUCGCAUGUGUUACACAUUGUAUAUCCGAUCCCUUAAUAUAUGCUU